GGGGACAGAAAGAGAAAAAGAAAGACGCGGAGUGGAAGGACGGAGAGACGCGCAAAGCGACAGACCGCAUCAAAACUAUCAAUCCUCCCGGACUCGACCUCUCUCACGCGCAGCCAGGAUGGCACAGUCUGCCUUCAAAAGUUUGACGCAGAGUUUCUAGUCACAGUUGGGAUUACUUUGGACACUUGGUGAGUUUGCGUCCCGCUGUAAACACUGACGUGUGCAAUUUUUUUUUUCUUUUCUUUUUUUUUUUUUUUUUUGACUGUUUUGCUUCACUGCUUUGGACGGACGGACGGAGUGGGUUUUUCGCCGCGCCUUCCCCCCCAAGUCGGGUGGAUUUGAGAGAAAUGAGUGAGAGGAGGCGAUCUGCCGCAGCUCUGAGCUCUAGAGCCCACGCUUUUUCCGUGGAAGCCCUGAUCGGCUCCAACAAGAAGAGGAAGCUCCGGGGCUGGGAGGAGAAGGAGCUGGAGUUGUCCAUGGAGAGCCUCGCCACGGACGGAGAGGACCCGGCGCACUGUCUGGAUAUGGACCCGGACUCGGAGGCGAGUCCCGGCUCGGACGGAGAGGGUCUGGCCGAAAGGACGUCGUGCUCCUUCGGUUCACCUGACGACCUGGCCCCCGGCCCCUGCGAGCCGUCGCCCCCGGCCUCCAUGGAGGAGAUCCAGGUGGAGCUGCAGUGCGCGGAUCUGUGGAAGCGCUUCCAUGACAUCGGAACGGAGAUGAUCAUCACCAAGGCGGGCAGGAGGAUGUUUCCUGCCAUGCGAGUAAAGAUAGCAGGUCUGGACCCUCAUCAGCAGUAUUACAUCGCCAUGGACAUCGUGCCCGUGGACAACAAGAGAUACAGAUAUGUGUACCACAGCUCCAAGUGGAUGGUGGCAGGAAAUGCUGACUCCCCCGUGCCUCCGCGGGCCUACAUCCACCCGGACUCUCUGGCCUCAGGAGACACCUGGAUGAGGCAGGUGGUCAGUUUUGACAAGCUCAAACUCACCAACAACGAGCUGGAUGACCAGGGACACAUCAUCCUCCACUCCAUGCACAAGUACCAGCCUCGCGUUCACGUCAUCAGGAAGGACUUCAGCAGCGAACUGUCUCCAAACAAGGCGGUGCCCAGCGGGGAGGGAGUCAAGACCUUCAGCUUCCCUGAGACCGUCUUCACCACCGUCACCGCCUACCAGAACCAACAGAUCACCAGACUAAAGAUCGACCGCAACCCAUUUGCUAAGGGGUUCCGGGACUCUGGCAGAAACAGGACUGGCCUGGAGGCCAUCAUGGAGACCUAUGCUUUUUGGAGACCUCCCGUGAGGACCCUCACGUUUGAAGACUUCACCAAUAUGCAGAAACAGCAAGGUGGAAGUACAGGCACUUCUCCCACCACUUCCAGCACGGGAACCCCCUCCCCUUCUGGUGCGGCACACCUCCUGUCUCCCUCCUGCUCCCCGCCGACCUUCCACCUUGCCCCCAACACCUUUAAUGUGGGCUGCAGGGAAAGUCAGCUCUGCAACCUGGGCCUGUCCGAGUACCCAGCCUGCGCUCGCAGCAACAUGGCGGCUCUGCAGGGCUAUGGUGGCUUGGCAGACAGUUCCUACGGACGUCUCCAGGCUGCAGGAGGUGCUGUGGCCUCUGCUCAGCCCUCUGAAUCCUUCUUACCACAGAGGACUUCCUCCUUGAUUGCCGCUGGCAUGCAGGGCGGCGCUCACGCCUCCCUGACUGGAGGCGGCGGUGGUGGCGGCACUGGAGGCAAGAUGGAUGCCUACAGCGGUCAGCUCGGCUCCUUCCCAGCCUCGCAGCUUCAGUACGUGAUGCAGGCCGGAGGUAGCUCCAGCUCUGCCUCAUCCUCUUCAUCAGGAUCCUCCCCUUCCUCCGCCCACAUGUUCAGCGGGGGCCACCACCACGUGCAGCAGGGCUCCUACAACGCGUUCUCCCUGCACAACCCUUACAACCUGUAUGGAUACAAUUUCCCCACCUCUCCUCGCUUGGCCGCCAGCCCUGAGAAGCCCCAGGGAGGUUUGCUGUGCUCCUCAUCUCCUGCCGGGGCCUUCGCUGAGCGUCAGUACCUGUCCAAUGGAAGCAUGGACACUAUGCACAUGAUCGGCAACACCACCAGUGGCCAGCAGGGCAGCAGCUCCUGUGAUGGACGUCAGUAUGGCUCGUCCUCUCAGAUGUCCAUGCACAUGGUGUAGAAACUGGGAUAGAACCUCACAGUCCUCCAUGUUUCUAAAGUCUUCCAGCUGAAAAGCAAAUUUCUAAUCUAUGAACCCGGCUCACCGGUGUUUUUACAUGAAGUGUUAAUGUACUGAGUUACAAAACAAUCCUUUUAGAAAAGGAUAUCAUCUCAUGUUUUU